AUGCCACUGGGCGACGGCGCGGCGGGGGACUUCGCGCUGCCGGACGAGCUCCUGGCGGCGCUGCCGCGGGACCCCUACGAGCAGCUGGAUCUGGCGCGCCGCAUCACCGCGCUGGCGGUGGCGGGGCGGGUGUCCGGGUUGGAGCGGGAGGCGGGGCGCCUGCGGGCGGAGGCCGCGGCCAAGGACCGCGAGAACGCCGAGCUCCGGGACCGGGUGGCGCUGCUCGACACCGCGCUGCAGGAGACCAACGCCAGGCUCCGCGCCGCGCUCGAGGACAAUAUUAAGCUCAGCAAGGAGCGGGACUCGCUGGCGCAGACGUCCAAGAAGCUGGCACGCGACCUGCAGAAGUUGGAGUCAUUCAAGAGGCAUCUGAUGCAGUCAUUGCGUGAUGAUAGUUCAUCACCACAGGAAACAGUUGACAUUACAACGUGUGAUCAGUCAGUACCAUCAAAAGCAUCGUCCAGUGGAGAUGGUGGAUCUGUCAGCCACCCUACAACAAAUAUAUUUAGUGAAUCUUUGGAUGCUGGAAGCACAAACCGAGAUGGUACCGCAACAAGGCCUCCGAUCCAAAAAUAUGCCCUCCCAUCGCACAUCACUCCUCGCCUUACCCCAGAGGCCACUCCUAAAAUAAUGUCCACUUCUGCUUCUCCGAGGCGAAUGUCUACCGCAGCAACACCGAAGUUGAUGUCUGGUGCUACCUCACCAACAAAAUCUCGAAUUGAAGCUCACAUGUCAAUGACACCAUGGUAUCCAUCAAGCAAGCAAUCCUCGGCAGCUAACUCACCUCCACGAGGGCGUUCAAACCCAGGUCGGACUCCUCGUAUUGAUGGAAAGGAAUUUUUUCGUCAAGCCAGGAGUCGUCUAUCCUACGAACAAUUUGGAGCAUUCUUAGCCAACAUCAAAGAGCUCAAUGCCCAUAAGCAGUCACGUGAGGAAACUCUCAAGAAAGCUGAAGAGAUAUUUGGUCCAGACAGCAAAGAUCUUUAUCUAUCUUUCCAAGGCUUGCUAAAUCGUAGCAUGCCAUAG